GAAAACGGGAUUAGCGCGGAAGCCGCCGGGGCCGCGGUUCCCGCCGCUCUCCGCUCUUCCUCCCGCUGCCGGCGCAGGUAAAGGCGGACGGGGGUAGGCGGGGGCCGUCCCCCUCCCCUGGCCGUCGGGGGAAGGCGGCGGCUCUGACUCACCGCCGCGGUGGGCGAGAGGGGUCGGGAGCCGUGACCCCCCCCCGGCUCGGUGUGGGAGGAGCGGAGGGGGAGCCCCGGGAGACAGCGAGGAAAAUAACAGAAGCCCGUGUAGUGGGAGCAGGGAGGGAGUGCAAGCUGGAAGCUGACGGUAGGGACGUGCCUGCUGAAACUCAAAGUGAGAAAUAAUCAAUCUGAAAACACGAAACAGCAACUGAAAAGUUAUACCUGCAUAUCUUUUGUUAAUGCUCCAUCUGAAUAACUGAAAUGAGGCUGAAGACUUCACUUUUAAAGGAACCAAAACAUAAAGAAUUAGUUAGCUGUGUGGGAUGGACCACAGCUGAUGAGCUAUAUUCCUGCAGUGAUGAUCACCAAAUUAUGAAAUGGAAUCUUUUAACUAGUGAGACUACUCGAGUAGUGAAACUUCCAGAUGACAUUUAUCCCAUAGAUCUUCACUGGUUUCCCAGAAGUGUAGGUGGGAAGAAGCAGUCCCAUGCUGAGAGCUUUGUUCUAACAAGUUCUGAUGGGAAGUUCCACUUGAUUUCAAAGUUAGGAAGAGUAGAGAAAAGCGUAGAAGCACACUGUGGAGCUGUACUUGCGGGAAGGUGGAAUUACGAAGGAACAGCACUGGUUACGGUUGGUGAAGAUGGCCAAGUGAAAAUCUGGUCUAAAAGUGGAAUGCUGAGAUCCACUUUAGCUCAACAAGGAACACCAGUCUACUCGGUAGCCUGGGGACCUGAUUCUGAAAAAGUUCUCUAUACUUCAGGGAAGCAGCUGAUUAUUAAACCUCUUCAGCCAAAUGCUAAAGUUGUGCAGUGGAAAGCCCACGAUGGACUUAUUUUAAAAACUGACUGGAACUCAGUGAACGAUCUUAUUCUUUCUGCAGGUGAAGAUUGUAAAUAUAAAGUUUGGGACAGUUAUGGACGUCUACUGUACAGCUCACAGCCCCAUGAAUAUCCUAUAACGUCUGUUGCCUGGGCUGUGGAUGGGGAAUUAUUUGCUGUGGGGUCUUUUCAUACUUUGCGUCUAUGCGAUAAAACUGGGUGGUCUUACGCUUUGGAGAAGCCAAACACUGGCAGCAUAUUUAAUAUCGCUUGGUCUAUUGAUGGCACUCAGCUAGCUGGAGCGUGUGGAAAUGGACAUGUUAUUUUUGCCCAUGUUGUGCAGCAACGCUGGGAGUGGAAGAACUUUGAAAUAACCUUAAUUAAGAGGAGAACUAUGGAGGUGCACAACGUUAUUAAUGAUGCAGUCGAUUUGUUGGAAUUCCGUGACAGGGUUAUCAAGGCCUCUUUGAACUAUGGGCAUUUGGUCGUUUCAACUUCCCUUCAGUGUUACGUGUUUUCUACAAAGAACUGGAAUACACCACUGAUCUUUGACCUGAAGGAAGGAACAGUUAGUUUGAUUCUACAAGCAGAAAGGCAUUUUCUUCUUGUGGAUGGUGGAGGACUUUAUUUAUAUUCAUAUGAAGGAAGAUUAAUUUCCUCUCCAAAAUUUCCAGGAAUGAGAACAGACUUUUUAAAUGCCCAGACAGUAUCUCUGAGCAACGAUACUCUAGCAGUAAGAGACAAAGCUGAUGAAAAGAUUAUCUACAUCUUUGAAGCUUUAUCUGGAAAGCCAUUGGGUGAUGGAAAGCCUCUAACCCAUAAGACGGAAAUUGUGGAGAUUGCUUUGGACCAGAAAGGACUUACAAGUGAAAGAAAAAUAGCUUUUAUUGAUAAGAACAGAGAUCUUUACAUUACUUCAGUUAAACGGUUUGGAAAAGAACAGAAAAUUGUCAAAAUAGGGACAAUGGUUCAAACUUUGGCUUGGAAUGACACAUCUAACAUUCUUUGUGGGAUUCAGGAUACCCGUUUUACAGUCUGGUACUACCCCAACACAGUCUAUGUAGAUAAAGACCUUUUGCCAAAAACUCUUCAUGAAAAAGAUGCAAGUGAAUUUAGCAAAAAUCCCCAGAUUGUACAUUUUGUAGGAAAUCAAGUAACAGUUAGAAGAGCAGAUGGUUCACUUAUUCACCUUAAUGUUUCACCUUAUCCUGCCAUUCUUCAUGAAUAUGUCAGUAGUUCUAAAUGGGAAGAUGCUGUCAGAUUGUGUCGUUUUGUCAAGGCAACAGCAACAGAUGAGGAUCAAACUAUGUGGGCAUGUUUAGCUGCUAUGGCAGUUGCCAACAAAGACAUGGCUACGGCAGAAAUAGCCUAUGCAUCAAUUGGAGAGAUUGACAAGGUUCAGUAUAUCAAUUCCAUCAAAGAUCUUCCAUCGAAAGAGUCAAGGAUGGCUCAUAUACUGCUGUUCAGUGGAAACACCCAAGAAGCUGAAACCCUGCUUCUUCAAACAGGACUUAUUUAUCAAGCUAUUCAAGUCAACAUUAAUCUUUACAAUUGGGAUAGGGCCCUAGAACUAGCAGUAAAGCACAAGACACAUGUUGACACAGUCCUGGCUUAUCGACAAAAGUUCCUAGAGGACUUUGGUAAAAAAGAAACGAACAAAAGAUUUUUGCAAUAUGCAGAAGGUCUGGAAGUCGAUUGGAAUAAAAUCAAAGCCAAAAUAGAGAUGGAAAUUGCUAAAGAAAGAGAACGAGCAGCAGCCAGCCCUGCAGCGAGAGCUAGUGUGACUGUACAGCAGUAAUGGUCCUUUCGGUCACCUUAACAAGUGCUGCUUGGAUAUUUGGUACCAGCAUAGUUUGACAAGCAUAAAUUAAUAAAAAACCACAACACACGUUUGGCGGGGAACGGGAGUGAGGAUUGCUGUAGUCCUUGUUAACUGUUGGAUGGCAGGCAGAAUUAUUUAUUUACUGCAGUCUCGUUUGGAGCCGUGUUCUGAUGCCCUGGCUCCAGUGAGUCGCUACAUCCUAUACGUAUGAGAAAAAAGGGAAAUUAACUUUUGUCUUUACAUUAGUGGCUGUUAAAUUUUCAUUGCCAUUAAAAUUAUUUAACCUUGCUUGCCUCUAAGUACCAAUUUCCCUGUUUAAACACCUAGUUAAGUAGUUUGGUUAUUUCUGCAACCUCAGGGAUCUCUGAAAGGACUUGUUUAAAUUGCCCUAAACCAAAUUUAGCAAACUUUUAAGUGAUGAAAAUUAAAAAAGGAGCUUGCACUUACAAAGUGCAGAAGAACAUUGCACUCCCGGUUAUAGCAAUACAUAUAUCUGCCAGUAUGUAUGUCCUAGCAAGUUCUUCAACAGACGAUUUCAGAUUGCUUCAGCAACUCAGGUUUGUCACCGUAGCGAACUAUUUGGCAAUAAAGGGUAUUUUCUGAGAUAAUGAAAAUUGUUUAAAAUACUGUGCAUGUGCUUUGAAUGUUGUUUGAAGUAACAAAAGGUGUUGUUGGUUGGGUUUGUAGCCUCUCACACGUAUAAUUAACAUUGAUAUUCAGACCUUCCUUAAGGUUAAAAUAUCAUAUUAAUUUAAAAUAAGAGCUUUCCACAUAUUUUUUUUUUUCCCUGCCCAAAGCACUUGAUUUGAAAAUAUUAUUGUUACAAUUGUGUUAUUUCAUUGAGAUGCAUUUUUCUUUGUUUUACAUGUGGAAGUGGCUGCGUGUGUCAGAUGUGCUUUGCAGUGUAAAUACGGGAGCAGGUUCUUCAUAACUGACGUUGUAUAAUACCUAUCUUUCAAAUGUUACCAUCAAAAUGCUAACUAUCGGUAUAUCUAGCAAAUUUCUUCAGGUUUGUAAAUCAUUAUAUAGCACUUUUUUUUUCACAGUUCAUAAAUUUCUUAAUAAAAAACAAAUAAAGGGAUGUUUUUAAAUGCAUCCGAUAGACGAUGCAUUAGGUCAUCUCCAUUGAUUAACCCGACUGCUAAAUAAAACAUUUUUUGAUGUAACUCAGAAGUUCCACGCUAUUCUGGUACACUGACAUGUGGCAAAGUGGACACCUUCACCUUCCAUCGACUUGCAGAAAGCACUUAUUAGUUCCAGAAUUGAGUCUAGAAUAUCACUAAUGGCAAGUGUUUAAUGUUAAAUUUAUGAAGCCUGGCUCAGAUUUGUAAUGCAGGUUUGGGAGAUGAGUCUGUCUGGUGGUGAUACCAAGUUCACGGUCUCAUCUUUAUCUUGCUCUUUUAUUCUUGGUCCAGUUGGAAGUACAGCAGAAGCAGCAAAUUAAAAAUGCCUGGUCCAACAAUUAACAGUUGCAAAGGCUGAGAUAAAGCAGGGGAAGGAUGCCACGCCUGCGUGGGUAUGUCCUUGACUGACUGCCCUUCAGCUUGAUGUCAGUGUCGUUCACUUCAAGCUGGAUCUCCACAUCUCAACAAGAAGUGUUGCAUUCGUAGGCGAGGGGAAAGGGUGAUUAAUUCCUAGGACAAAGCACAAUAAAACCGUUAGGAGUU